CUCGAAUCUCGUCUUUCAUUCCAUUGUCAGGUCUUGUUAUCGGGUUGUUCUUGUUUCUUGCGCUUGUAGAUUCUGCAUAUUAUCUUUAAGGAUUGUCAUAUUUUCUUAAUAGAGAUAAAACAGCAGCAACCAUUGUCUGUCAAAUAGAUGUAUAAUAGUUUCAUACGGGUAUAAGAGAAGAACUACAAUUACUGUACUAAAGUUUUCUGAAGUUACAGUUAUCAUUUGGCCUGGGUGUGGACUGUCAAUGGCGUGUGUAGAGACAUCAGGUAGCUAGGUGUGCCAGUGCAAUAUCUCAUCACUGCAACAAUAUAACCAAGUUUUCAGUACAUUUUCAAUGCUAGUUAUCAUGAUUCUGUUCUAUUUGGUUUUAUUUUAUGUCGACUAGACCUAAACUGGUUUUGGUUUCAUUUUUUAUUUGUUCUACAGAUGACAGAGUAGGAGAGGUCCUGCUGAAUAGGUGAGUUUCACUUUCACAGAUACUCAUAAAACUGACCACAAAGACGCAUCCUAUAGACACACCUAGCUGUAAACCUGUGGGGUUGGGAAUUGACAAAAACAGACAGCAAAAAAAACAACAAUGUAUUCUCUACAUUAUCAGUUAAGUGCAAGGAAGAAAUGAAAACCGGCAGACACUGUGUGUCGUGACAACAGUAGUUUAGUUUGACACACUACAGCAGGCUAUGUGCUCUAAUAAGGGGUAGUUCUGGACCAGAAUGCUCUCUUGUCCCCAGAGUGAUGCAGGAGCAGCUGGAGGAGGUGUUGUAUUCAGAAGUCCUGGUAGCGCACCCCACAGAAACCCAGGAGGUGGAGAGUGAUCAGGAGCAGAAGAUGGUGUUGCAGCUGGCUGUGAUGAUACGGACCAUCGGAGACGCCUUCAAGAAGGACGGGAAGCUGGACGAGUCAGUUGACAUUAGAGCCAUUGCUUUGUGUUUUACAGUACCUGUUCAAUUUCUCAAACUGUUAUUCAUGUGAAUUCACGUUGAUGAAUUUGAUGCAAUAGACUACCCAGCAAACCAGGAACAUUCCCAUAACAUUAUCUAAGAGUCACAUUAAGUUCUAGUUAGGGUUUUAUCUAACAUUAACCAUUUUGUUCUUCAGAAAAUGUUUUAAAUGAACAUCCUUGUAAUGUUCUCCUAACAUUCACUAAAAUGUUGUGCAUAACAUUUGUAAUAAUCACAACAGAACAUUCCCCAAAUGUUCUCAUUAGGUUUCCAGGUAAUGUAAUAACAAAAAUGAAAUGUGUUCUGGGAACAUUCUUGCAACAUCAGGCAAAUGUUAUAUACAAACACUGUAUAAUCAUCAGCACAAGUGGACAGUUUUUGUGUUAUGAGAACAUUUUCCGCAACCUAACGAAUGUUCUGGGAACUUUCACAGAACCAAUUUUGGUUUGCUGGGUAGGUAAACAAAUAUGAAUAUAGAGUAUGUGUGUCUAUCUGUGUGUUAGUUUACAAUGGUCUAAGUCAGUAGUCUAAUUCCUACCCUACCUCCCUCAACUCGUCUGUCCGAGCAACAGUGCGAUAGAUGGAAUGGUGGGGCAAAUGACCAGCAAGACCAACUACUGGAAGUUGGUAGAAAAGGUAUUUGAGGAUGGUCAAAUCACCUGGGAGAGAAUUGCUGUGCUGUUCUACGUAGCAGGGAGGAUAGCUGUCAAGGUAUGUUAUACACUGUUCUUGUUACUUUGUUAUUAUUAUUAUUGGACGUACAGUACAAUCACUGUUUGUAAGCGUGUGUGUGUGUGUAUUAAAUCACUCUUUUCGUUUCUGUUAGGUGGUGAUUGCUAACCUCCCCCAGUUAGUGAAGGACAUUCUGAAGUGGACUCUGGAGUACUUCAGAAGCAAAUUACUGGACUGGAUCCAGAAACAUGGAGGAUGGGUAAGAUAUGGAUACCAUCAGAGGCUGUCCCCCAAGUGUUUCCCCUUUGUAUUAAAAUAAACCAAAUGGGCAAUAUUCUAUAUUGAUAUAAACUUGGUCUUGGUUGAAGUGUAUGAUGUGGUAUUAACUGUUGUAAGAGAAAACUGAACUUGGAUUGUCAUUGAUUUCUCUCUUUCGGCCCUCUUUCUUUCUCUCCUCUUUUUCUUCUCCCCCUUUCUCUCUCCUCAUCUUUCUUUGUUCCCCCUCUUUCUCUUCUCCCCCUAUCUUUCUCUCUCUCUUCCCAGGUGAACAGUUUUGCUGAGCUGGCACGUGUGCAGGUGGAGAGGAUGUCCUCUAUGAGCGCCUGGUCUUCAGGGCUCAUCCUGGUCUUCCUCGGAGGUGUCAUACUGGGUAGUGUCAUCACCUGGAAACUCUCCAGGAGGACGUGACACACACACACACACACACACAGUCCCACUCCGGUUCAAGCACAAUUGUGUGACAUGACAUGCAAACGUGUGGGCGUGCGC